CGAGAAUUAGACUCCAGCUCUUCGUACGACAGAAUCAAGCAAUAUGGCAAGCAAUAUGGCUGAGAUGCAGGAACGCAGCCUGGCAGAUCGACAGGGACUGCCAGCUGCUUCUGGAGCCGUCAAAAUUAGGCACGACCGACCAGGCUGGUGGGUCUGGCUGUUGGCUAGCGGCUGCGCUGGGCAGCCAACCGAGCAUUUGGCGGCGCCUAUGAAUCGCGAAAUCUGAGACGGAGCUGAGGAAGGGCAGAGUAGAGUCCAAAAAGGCUUUGAGAAAUGCUUGUUGCCUGUGGCUUGCUAUCCAACGGGUCCAAGAAUGGCGCUGUACACUCAUACACUAAGUUACCACAUCGUGCAUAUUCUCCGACGCCUCGUUAAGAGAGAGCCGUUGCUCCCCA